AUGUUUGUAAUUGUAGGAUAAGGUGAUGUUCCUUUAUAUGAAGCAAGUUUGAAUAAAAAAUAGGAAGCACAAUCUCUAGUAAUAACAUAAUAUUUUUCGAUACAUUCAUCGCUUGAUGUUAUUGAUGAGAAAUUGCAAAUUACAAAUUAAAAGGAAUUAGAUAUGUUUUUCAAGAAAGUAGAUAGGUGCUAUGACUAAGAUAUUUAUGCUUUUGUGACAGCAACAAACAUAAAAUUGUUACUCUUAAUAUCUGAAAAGACCAAAGAGGAGAAUGUAAAUAACUUCUUUUUAGAGGCCUAUGAGAAUUUAAAUAAAUAAUUGAUGAAUCCUCUCUAUACACUUAAUACUUAAAUUACAUCUCAAAGGUUUGACGAAGCUAUAAAAUAAGCUGCAAAAAAGCAUCUAAAUCUUUGA